AUGUCUCCCAUAUCAAUAUCCAAAGGAGGCACCCGCUCCCCCAAUGAAUCCUUCACCGCAAUGGCCAACGAAGACCUCGAGUCCAUAGGCCGACACUGUCAAUUCGAAUACUGCGGCCAGCUAGACUUUCUCCCCUUCCGCUGCGAAUCCUGCCGCUCAACCUUCUGCCUCGACCACCGCUCCGAAACCGCCCACAAAUGCCCUCGCGCCGGCGAGUGGGCGCGCCGCCGCAACGGCCCUCUCUCAGAGAACCGGCCCGCCCCCGUCAAACCCAACAUCUACAACUCCACCCAGUGCUACCACGUCUCCUGCAAAACCCUCAUCAACACCCUCAAGGACCCCGCCGUGCGCUGCCCCAACUGCAACUACGAAUACUGCCUCAAGCACCGGCUGCGCGAGGAGCACGACUGCGCCAAGAUUACCCCGCGGGGCGCGCGCCAAGGGUCCGGCGCCGCGCCGAACGAGACGAUCAAGUCCAUGUUUGCGCGCCCGAAACCGAAGCCGAAUAGUGCUGCGGGGCGCGCGGUGGCGUUGAAUGCGCUGAAGAAGGCGGCGAAGGGGGACGCGGGCGUCCCGGUUGAUAAGAGGCUCUACUUGCAUGUGGUUGGGACGGCGGACACGCAGGCGGCGGAGCCGCCGGCGGGGGAUUUCUAUUUCGAUUCGCGGUGGAAGGUGGGCCGGGUGCUGGAUGAUGCGGCUAAGCGGUUGCGGGUUGAGAAUUUGAAUAAUCGGGUUGGAGGGGAGGAGGCGAAGUUGCGCAUCUUUCAUGUGGAGUCGGGGGAGUUUCUGGAGUUUUCAGAGACGAUCGGGAGUGGGAAGCUUAAGCAAGGGGAUACGAUUGUGUUAUUGCGAGGCGCGGGGACUAUUUUGGAGAAGUCUGGAUGA